AUGUCUGCCCUUUCUCCUGUGCUAAGCGCUGGUGCCAACGACUCCAUGCCCAUCUUGCCCCAUGAGUACUUUGUCAUUGCCAACGUGUCGAAAAUCCUGGGAAUCUUCUCGCUAUUGGUCUGGCUCUUUGCUCAGCUACCGCAGGUUCUUGAAAACCACUUGAAUGAGUCCGUUUCUGGUGUUUCGCUAGCCUUUUUGAUCUGUUGGAUCAGUGGUGAUGUUACAAACUUGGUUGGCUGUCUCCUCUCCAGAGCGCUUCCUUUUCAGAUCUGUCUUGCGUCCUACUACUGUUUCAUCGACUGUAUCUUGAGUCUCCAGUUCUGGUACUACACCAGAGUAUACCCCAAGCAGCGCAUUCACCACAACUUGCUCCAAAGUCCCAAUAUGAUGCGUCCGGUGCAUUCCCGGGGCAGCGGCCAUCAUCCACAUCCGUCCAGGACAAACCGUUUUGAAAGUCCAGGCAACGAGCUCUCUCUUUCAAGAUCACACUCGUCAUCUCGUAGAUACCGCUCCAAGCGGAAAAGUUUCAUUCUGAAGUUACUUUCGACUUCAGUGUUGAGCAGCUCCUUCGGCAAGGCAAACGCUAUGCCUUUGAAAGUACUGUCGAACACUCGUGGUGAAAGCUUCGACAAAAUCAAGUCAUCCAUGGCUGCUUUAGCGCCUGUCUUACACCUGGUAGUGGCCAAGGCAGCUCUGUUCCACUAUAAUGGGGCGUUUGUGGGUGCUGUGUGUGGCUGGAUCAGUUCUGCGCUCUACCUCUCGUCCCGGUCUCCUCAAAUAUGGGCCAACUUCAAGAGCAAAUCCACCAAGGGUGUCUCUCCUUUCUUGUUCUUGUUCGCCAUGAUUGGAAAUACCCUUUAUACGGUAUCCAUUGCCAGCGACUUGUAUCUCUUAUCUAAAUAUGAUCAGCACUUGGGAGACGUCAAAUUUGACGAAGUAUUUUUUGCUCAGUUGCCAUUCAUUAUCGGAAGCUCGGGAACAGUGCUUUUUGACGCCAUCCUAUUGUUCCAAUUCUGGUUGUAUCAGAAGGACCCCGAAUACCUUCCAUACAUGGGCCAUGGCGAUCUUUUUGAAAACAACAUCAACUUCAAUGAAUCCUUGAAAGAGAGAUACCAGAAAAGAGCACAUGCUAAGCGCAAACUGCACUCGUCAGUGGUCCACUUUACUAAGCCGGACUGGUACACCAACAAUUACUCGCACGAGUUUGAUGAGCCAGACGAGUAUGCGGGUCACUACAGCUUUGCCAAUCAACGUCAUGGCAUAUCUCACAAUGGGUAUGGGGCCAUAAACAAUGGCUACGAGACCCCUAAUAAUGGCAAUGGCGGCCAUGUCCACUCCAAGGCACAUACGGAGCGAAUCAUGCCAACUUAUAUCAACCUGGCAUUCAGCAUACCUCCUCCUCCGCACUACAUUUCGUCAUCAUCAUCGCAAAGUCAUAACAUCAUGCAUUCCAAAGCCAGAAAGGGAAUUUCUGGCACGUUCAGCGCAAUAGCUAGGUCGUUUUCUCACUCAUCUUCAAUGGUGAAAUCACCGUCCAUUGCCUCUUCUCACGAAGAAUCUGUUGGUUCCCCAAUGGGGACAGGGUUACUUCCACACUUGGUGGGGACUUACUCGUCCGUAUCGAAGAAGAUGAUGAACGAUUCCAAGAUCCCUUUUCUGCCUAUAGAUUUCCUACAUAACGAGUUCACCCAAAGAAGUGGGGGACUGAGUAGUGACCAUCCUUAUACACAUUAA